GUCGCCGUUCUCCGUUCCAUCGUCUCUGAUUAUGGAGGAGGAAGGGCGGUUCGAGGCGGAGGUGGCGGAGGUGGAGGCGUGGUGGGGCACGGAGAGGUUCCGGCUCACCAAGCGCCCCUACGCAGCGCGCGACGUCGUCCUCCUCCGCGGCACGCUCCGGCAGAGCUACGCCUCCGGCGACAUGGCCAAGAAGCUCUGGCGCACGCUCAAGGCCCACCAGGCCAACGGCACGGCAUCCCGGACCUUCGGCGCGCUCGACCCCGUCCAGGUGACGAUGAUGGCGAAGCAUCUGGACACCAUCUACGUCUCCGGGUGGCAGUGCUCGUCGACGCACACCUCGACGAACGAGCCGGGCCCCGACCUGGCCGACUACCCCUACGACACCGUGCCCAACAAGGUGGAGCACCUCUUCUUCGCCCAGCUCUACCACGACCGCAAGCAGCGGGAGGCACGCAUGUCGCUGUCCAGGGCGGAGCGCGCGCACGAGCCGUACGUCGACUUCCUCAAGCCCAUCAUCGCCGACGGCGACACCGGCUUCGGCGGCGCCACGGCCACCGUCAAGCUGUGCAAGCUCUUCGUCGAGCGCGGGGCGGCGGGGGUCCAUCUCGAGGACCAGUCGUCGGUGACCAAGAAGUGCGGGCACAUGGCCGGGAAGGUGCUGGUCGCCGUCUCCGAGCACGUCAACCGCCUCGUCGCCGCGCGGCUCCAGUUCGACAUCAUGGGAGUCGAGACCGUCCUCGUCGCGCGCACCGACGCCGUCGCCGCCACGCUGAUCCAGACCAACGUCGACGCACGCGACCACCAGUUCAUCCUUGGCGCGACGAACCCGCGCCUCAGGAACAGGAGCCUCGCCACCAUCCUCUCCGACGCCAUGUCGGCCGGCAAGAACGGCAGGGAGCUCCAAGCCAUCGAGGACGAGUGGCUCGCCACGGCGCAGCUCAAGACCUUCUCCGACUGCGUCAAGGACGCCAUCGCGAGCCUCAACACCACCGACCAACACAAGCAGCGCAAGCUUCAGGAAUGGAGCGCCGCCACCAGCUACGACAAGUGCGUGUCCCUGGAGCGAGCGCGUGACAUCGCCGCGAGCCUCGGCGUCACCUCCGUCUUCUGGGACUGGGACCUACCAAGAACCAGGGAAGGCUUCUACCGCUUCCGGGGCUCCGUCGCGGCGGCCGUCGUCCGCGGUCGCGCCUUCGCGCCGCACGCCGACGUGCUCUGGAUGGAGACGUCGAGCCCCGACAUCGCCGAGUGCACCACCUUCGCCGAGGGCGUGAAGGCGGCGAGCCCGGGCACGAUGCUGGCCUACAACCUCUCGCCGUCGUUCAACUGGGACGCCUCCGGCAUGACGGACGCCGACAUGUCGGAGUUCAUCCCGCGCGUCGCGAGGCUCGGCUACGUCUGGCAGUUCAUCACGCUCGCCGGGUUCCACGCCGACGCGCUCGUCACCGACACGUUCGCCCGGGACUUCGCGCGCCGCGGCAUGCUGGCCUACGUGGAGAGGAUCCAGCGGGAGGAGAGGAGCAAUGGCGUGGAGACGCUGCAGCAUCAGAAGUGGUCGGGCGCCAACUUCUACGACAGGGUGCUCAAGACCGUGCAGGGUGGCAUCUCCUCAACCGCCGCCAUGGGCAAAGGAGUGACUGAAGAGCAGUUCAAGGGUUCAUGGUCAGGGCCCGGAAGUGAGAGCAUCAGCCAACACGUUGCUGCCAAAUCCAGGAUGUGAUGAGGAUUCAGAAAUAAUUAUUCAGAUGAAAAUUUUAAAACAGUAAUAAAAAGACACUCUGAACUUCAGCCAAGGAGGCUUGAUAUACUACUUUACAAACCGAAAUAAGGAUGCAUGGAUAAAAUAAUGACAAAGAUAUAUAUGAAUAUUGAGUUACAACUCAAAUUGGCACAAUUUGUUGGGGGCAAAUGUAAUUGAUCUGAAAGUUUAUUAGAGAAAGUACUUUUUUUGCAACCAGGUGCCAAAAAAAAACAGGGUGGGGGCCACAUCACUAUAGUAUU